ACUAAUAGCAAUUGGGUUCUAACGUUUAUAUUCUGGCAUCGCUUUAUUUUUUGUGAAGUUAGCAUCUUACUGAACAUGCAAACAUGUCGCACGCCUUGGUAAACGAAGAAACAUUGGAGACGCUGGUAUACAAGCGCUCCAGAACCUGGGCGCACAUAUUAAAGUUCUACACGGAAAUCGACGAUGGCGAAGAGCUUGAUGUGGUGAAUUUUGAGGAUCUGUUUAAAGCCGAAGACAUAGACCCCGAUGUGCAGGAGGAUGAGGAGGCGGCCGAAGAUGCCCGGCAGGAAGAGGACCUCGGCAUGGGGAACAUCAAUACAGCAACAGCAAUGAGCAAGGCGGAGCUGACGAUGAUUUUGUGCGCUGGGGAGAACAAAGCAGAAACGGCCGAACUAGAGAUGUUGUAUCAAACGAUGUCCGUUGUCCAGGAGCACGAUCGCAAGUGAAAGGCAGCUGGGCUGCUUGACACCUUCGAUCCGCAAAAGAUCGAACAGCAUGUAGGCCAAUGGAUGCGCCGCAACAACAGUAUCUAUCUGGAGGAGGAAAAUGCCUAAAGGUACGAUUACAGGCAUGAUGAAUGCCAUGAUGAUUGAUUCCAUUCACGUAGAUUGAAAUAUCCA